GGGAGGAAGAGGAAGAGGCGGAGCAGAAGAGGCAGCAGAUAGAGAAAAAGGAAAUCUAACCCCUAACUUUCCCGUCAUUUUAAUCUGGCACAAAGUGCAGUGCACAGGGAUGCCCUGAGCACAAGUGCUUUCUGAAUGGGCACUAGGGGGUCUGAUGUUGCAGAAGCCCUUAGUGCUCUAGCACUUGCAUCCAGCCUGAGUAGAAGAGGGAGUAGUUGGAGACCCCGACAUGUCCGGGGACACAGAGGAGGUAACCCGCUUACGUAAACCACGUUUCUCCUAUGAGGAGAACCAGAUCCUGAUCCGAGAAGUACGGGCUCACUACCCUAUGCUUUAUGGAGCACAGAGCCGGCGUCUUAGUGUAGCAGAGCGUCGGCGUGUGUGGGAAGGCAUUGCAGCUAAGAUUAACGCCAUUACCAACUGGAAACGCACUGCCCAGGAGGUUCAAAAACGUUGGAACGAUUUUAAGAGGCGGACCAAAGAGAAACUAGCACGUGUUCCCCACUCUACCCAGAGUGGAACUGCAGAGGAGGCAAUGACUGCUGAAGAGGAGACUAUAUUUGCCAUCUUGGGGCCUGGUGUAAUGCCAGGGAGUAGUCACUAUGGACCUGUCACACACUUGGGAGCUAUGGAUUUCAAUCCGUCAGGCCCAGGGUCCUCUAGUCCUGAAACAUCACUCAGUGCUCCAUGUGCACCGAUUGAAGCACCACUCCUUCUCCAUCCAAAGGAAUCUCCCUCCCCAACAUCACAGCUUCACAUUGUCCAGCUCCCCCAUCUCACUCCUUCACCAGACCCAUCAGAAUGUCCUUCACCUCCACCCCUUGGGUCAGGGACACCAUUGCUCACUCCCAGUGGAGUUGCCCAACAUUACGACCCCACGGUUGCCAUGCUGAGAGCCCAACAGGAAACAGCAGAAGCAAUAAGGCAUCUAACCUAUACUUUACGUCAAAGCAUGGACCGUUUGACCAAUGUUUUAGCUGCCAUUUUGCCCCUAGUCCCUCAUCAGCCACCAGAAUCACCUACCCCUUCUGGUAUUCUUGGCCCUGUGUAUUAUCCAACUAAAACCGAACCGGAGUCUGAACCAUGUUGUCCUGUAACUUACGAGGAAGAAAAUGGGGAAGAUGGAGGAGAGGAAGAGAUCCAAGAAGUUAUAGCAGAACCUCCCAGGUCUCCUUCCCCACCACCCCCAAAUAAAAGAAAAAGGUUUGGCUACCUAAGUCAAAGAAAGCGCAGAGGACGUUGGAAAAACCUCUAAGAUUUUGGUUUUUAUUCCUCACAUUUUGCUCCCACAGCAAGCAUUAGGUUAUUAUAAACUGAUGCUUAGCUGCAGACUUGAACAGCAGGGCAUCUACAGUGAGGGCUGUGUCUCCUGCCACUUUGUUUAUUUAGCAGUAACAUUCUUCUCGCCCUCUUCCCCACCAUCACAGAGGAAGGGGAAGCUUAUCUGAGAAGGAUGGUACCAUUUUAAAUAGGUAGAAACAGGAAUUCUCAUUCCUUCUCUAACAGCAAAUAUGUCUGACUACACUCAAACUCUUCUUCACCCAUUUUUAAUCUAUAGAUUGCAAUGUGCCUGGAUUCCAAAAGUGAAAACACCUUCAAAAUGUUUCUGCAAAUAUGGAACACGGCAAUCCUCAGUACCUUUCUGGAUUAUUUAGUUAUAUUUCCAUUUUAGCAAAUUUGGCAGACAAUCUGAAAGUGAAAGUUUAAAUUUCUGAUUUUGUUGACUUGAAAGUGUUGGGGUAGGGCCCACACACACAAGAGCAAUUUGCAAACGGAAUGUGCAGAUAUGAUAUAAUGCAUUCUUGGGGUGAUAUGUACAAUUCAUUUAGUUGUGUGCAGAGAUUGUCCUAUUUGUACCUCUUUUCCAAAACAUACUUUUUUUUAAAUUCUUAAAAGGCCAGAAAUUGGCAACUGAAGUACUCAAGUUGCUGACAGACUACAACUUCAUGCUUCAAAAGUGGCCUAAUUGCUGGUAGAUUGAGCUCUGUAGACUAGUAUUUACUGGCAUUUUUUUGGAUUCAUUAAUGAUAUAAUUAAUGGAAGAGGCUUUUGUCAAAUUCAUAAUUCAAGGCAACAUUAAUAUGAUAUAUAUUUUUUCCUAAAUUCAAGGCAAAUCUGGGGAUUCUAGGAAAUAAGCUCUAACUGGAACAUUGCAUCACUGCCUUCUCUUUCGUUAAUUCUGUCUGUUAGCUAUCUACAUUUUCUCCCUCUAUAUAUAGAUGCCCCACUGAAAGCAAUAUUCUUGUAUAAAGAAGUAUACAGACUGUAGAUCGCAUCCACUUCCAUGUUAUGUUAAAUAGGUAUAUAGGAGUUAACCUUGGAGCAUUGUUUAUGUAUGUAAAUAACUACAUAUUAAAAAUCUUUGGUUCUUAA